GGGUCAGGGUCCAGAGAGCUGGGCAGUUGGAGAACAGACCAGAGGCAAGAAAGAUAUCCCUGAAGGUCUGGCCCAACUAGCAGGAUGAAGGUCUCCGUGACUGCCCUCCUCCUCCUCGUCUUCACAUUCACUGUGGUCUCUGCUUAUCACAGCCAGCCAAGAAUUCCGGAGUCGGCCAACCCCCCACCCUCCUGCUGCCUGAAGCACACGGAGAAAGUGUUGCCCAGGAAACUGGUGGCGGGAUACAUAAAGGCCCUCAGCUGUCCCCUGCCAUCAAUCAUCUUCGUCACCAAAAAGAACCGAGAGAUCUGCGCUAACCCCGGUGACGAUUGGGUCCAAGAGUACAUCAAGAAGCUACCUCUGCUGCCCCCCAGGAGCCUGGCCUGACCGACAUCACUAGGCCAGGGGAGCGGCAGCGCCAGCUCUCCAGCUCUCCAGCUCUCCGUGAAGAGCAGGCCUCCACAGAAGCCUGGGACUGGGGAAGAAAUGUGUAGCCCUAUCAAAACGUGGGCAGCCUUGCGAUGCAGUCAAAGAAACAGGUCUGUGAUUUUUCUUUUUAAAAAGUCAAUUAAAAAAAAGUCAAUAAACUAUUUUUGAAUACUU